GCUCUCCCUCCGCCUGGUUCGAAUGUUCCUUUGGUGUUCCAGCCGGGAAGCUGCGGCCGUAGGAGGUGACGAGGAAGGAAGGAAGGCGCAGGGCUGCGAGGACCUGCCGGUCAUCUGAUCCCAGCCAGAGCCGCGUCCAGCAGGGGGACGAGGAAGGCAGGCAGGCAGUCUUCGUCCACCACAGCCACGCCACCCACGGGAGACCCGCCUAACCCUGGCAGCUGAUUCAGCGUUGAGCUCCUUGGCUCCCGUCGCAAUGCCUCCUGCAGGCCGCCUUGCGCCCGGCUCUCCUCCUCGCCUCUUUCAUUGAUUCGUGCAGCGGCUAUUUUUUAUUACCUCCUCCCUCCCUCCGACCUUUUCCCCCUCCUUCUCUCUCUUGGCUUCUUUUCUUGGGGGAAAAAAGAAAGUAGUUAACUUUGCGAUAUCUUCUUCCUCUUGGCCAAACCCUUUUAGGGAAACUCCCAGCCUCCUUCCCUCCGACCUCGGUUGGAUCUUCUGAUUCCCCCACCCAACCCCUCGGUUUCUCCUUUCGAUGCUGUACGUUUAUUUCCUGGAGCCAAGACGAUCUCUUUUUUUUGGAAUGGGGAUCUAAAUUCUCGCCUCAUUCCUUUAAACCACCACUUGCCUUCCUGUCCUGCUUUCGUUUUUAACAGUCAGGAUCAUCCUUUUUAAAGGAAUCGAAUCGUUCUCUUUUUAAAGGCUGGGAUUAAAAGACUGGAGAAAGAAGAAGAAAACACGCUUCUUCCUCUCCCUGCCUUUUUUCCUCCCUUUUUGUUUUGUUCCCAGUUAACUAUAUUUUCUACACGGCACUGCUUUUUGGUAAGCCAGGAAUUUGGGAGAAAUCUCUUCCCUCCCUAUUGGCUCAGAACCGUUUAACCAUUUCUGUCUGCUUCCCUUCCCACGAAAAGGGAAGCCAAAAAACUGUGAUUCCGGUAUUGGAGGACAAAACGCCAGAACAAUCAACUUACAUCCUACAGUUGUUUGGCAGAAGAAGAAACUGCUUUCCAACCCACAAACUGGGCUGUAUUCCUCUGUCAUUUGACCCCCAAGGGAAGAGGUGGAAAAAACAUUUGGAAGGAAAAGGAAAAAAAGUUUUGACAUCUUGGGGCUAAGUUACAAACAUUUCCAUGUUCUUUACGGUAAGUUUUUGGAGGAAAAGACAGUGAAUCUUCACGGAUUGACUCAGCUGCCGCCCUUGGAAAUUGUUGGCAAUCUUCGGAUGUUGUUUGGCCUCAGCGAGCUGCAAUGGGUCUGUGAAGCCAAUCCUGUGGGAAGUUUGAGGAAAAGCCCUCCAGGGAAAAACCGAGUGUGAGAUACAGCAGUGACAGAAGCUGUCCCAGCACCGUGAAUGGCUGCCAAGGAUUAUGACCACUUGUUUAAAUUGCUUAUCAUCGGAGAUUCGGGGGUUGGCAAAAGUAGCCUUCUGCUCCGUUUUGCAGAUAACACCUUCUCAGGUAGCUAUAUCACAACAAUUGGGGUAGAUUUCAAAAUCCGGACUCUAGUGAUUAAUGGAGAAAGAGUGAAACUUCAAAUCUGGGAUACAGCUGGACAGGAACGGUUUAGGACUAUUACUUCCACGUAUUACCGCAAUACUCAUGGUGUCAUCAUUGUUUACGAUGUGACAAACGCGGAGUCCUUCGUUAAUGUCAAACGUUGGCUGCAUGAGAUUGGGCAAAACUGUGACAAUGUGUGCAAGAUUUUGGUGGGUAAUAAAUGUGAGGACCUGUCACGGAAGCAAGUAGAGACUGCUGAUGCCCGGCGGUUCAGUGAGCAAAUGGGAGUGCGGCUCUUUGAGACCAGUGCUAAAGAGAACCUUAACGUUGAAGAGAUGUUCAAUGCCAUUACCACCAUGGUGCUCCGAAUGAAACAGGAAAACCUGGCACGGCGACAACAGCAAAAUGAGGUCGUCAAAAUCAACAAGCCCAAAAAGAAGCCUUCGGUCAAGAAAUGCUGCUGAAGAGGCAGCCCCUAUAGAUGCCUCUUGCUUCUGGAGGAGAGCUGAUGAACCGUGGGGAAUUGUGUUGGUGGAGAGAACCAGUAUGAAUCCUCCUAGCCCUGGGAUUCUUCUGUUUCUCUUCGCUGGGGAAGUUGAGUUGUGGGGAUAGAAAGACAAAUUGAAGCAUUGCAUUCCUUGCCUGCUGAUAGGUUGGGGAGUUGUAGGUUGUGCUUACAGAAAGGGGGGUGGGUGGGCAGCAUUAAAGAAGAAAAGACUACUGAAAAAAAUCAUUAAGGUGAAUAAAAUAAAGAGGAUGUGGGGCAUGGCUGAGCCCAAGAAAAUUGCCAUUCUCCCUGUAACUGAAAAAAGCCUUUCUCUACAACUUUGCUUACUCAUUGUAUUUUAUUUCUUCACUUGUGGUCUGACAGCUGGAAUACAAUUGGUAUUCAAAUUUAAGUCCCAGUAAGGGGGUUGAGAAGGUGGGCAUUAGAUUAUUUUGGAGCAAGCUCUUUCACAUUCUGGAGCUAUGCCUCAGUUUACAUAAUAAUAGGAAGUGGAAGGAACACAAGCAAAAUGUGUCAGAAUUUCCCAGCCGAUAGUAUUGGGAGUUUUCCUUCUCAUCUCUCUUUUAGGCUUGCUCUGAUUACUCUAGGUAGGAAUGGUUUAGGACCAAACUACAUUGCUCUUCUCUUAGAUUUGGGGAGUUUUCUAUCUUUUCAUUAGCCCUGUCCUUCAAUCCAGAUGUUGGGGAGAAAAUAGCCAAUUGUCCACAUGGUGUGUUUGAAAAAGGACUUCGUAACCUUUGCAGCUAUAAUUGAGGUACCAUUCAGUCAUUCCGGUUUACCUCCAGAAACUGAGGAAUAAAAUAAGAAAUGGCGGCAUAAAUUUUAAAAUAGGAGUGUGAAACUAUGUCCGGAUGCAGCUGAUAAGUUGCCAAUUUAUGAUUCCCAACUUUGAGGUAUUACAGACAGAGACUCUGUCCCUUUUCAACACUGGGACACUGUGCAAUUUAUUUGCUUCAUUAAUUAUUUUAUAUACACCCAAUUCUGUAGAUAACUAAAACAUCUCAUUUUAACUCACUGCUAAUAGCAUCAGACUUGUUAAGGAUGUACCACUAUUCAAUAAAGACAUUUAGAUAUAAAAA